AUUUAUAAUAAUAAGGAAAAAAAAUAAAAGCCGAAAACUGAACGAGAAAACCCUACUCUUCUCUCUUCUUCCAGUUGCGACGAUCUUCUUCAACAUCGUCAGAGAAAUUGAUGCGUUAAAAUUUGGGCAAUUGUAGUGGAGUAAGAAGUCCAGUUUGCUCAGCAAUUCUGUUUUACCAAAUGCAAAUUGAGUUCGGAACUCAAAUUUGGAGAUGAAGAAGGAUGAGGUAUUGACGGUGAAGGAUGCAGUUCAUAAGCUUCAACUUUCUCUUCUUGAAGGAAUCAACAAUGAGAACCAGCUAUCAGCUGCUGGUUCAUUGAUAUGUAGGAGUGACUACCAAGAUGUGGUGACCGAGCGCACGAUUAUCAACAUGUGUGGUUACCCACUCUGUAGCAACUCUUUACCUUCUGAGAGACCUCGGAAGGGGCGAUAUCGCAUCUCAUUAAAGGAGCAUAAAGUUUAUGACCUUCAAGAAACUUACUUGUACUGCUCGAGUAGUUGUUUGAUAAAUAGCCGGGCAUUUGCCGCAAGUUUGCAGGAGGAGAGAUCCUCAUCUCUGAAUCCAGCAACACUUAAUGAAGUUCUGAAGCUGUUUGAUGGGUUAAGUUUGGACUCUGCUGUUGAUAUGGGCAAUGGAGAUUUAGGAUUGUCUGAGUUGAAGAUUGAGGAGAAAACAGAUACAGAAGCUGGGGAAGUGUCUUUGGAGGAGUGGAUUGGUCCCUCAAAUGCAAUUGAUGGAUAUGUUCCAAGGAAUGAGCGGAAUUUGAAACCCAAACAAUCAAGUAAUCUUAAGAAAGGUGCAAGACAGGAACAAGUUGAAUCUGAAUAUAAGCAUGAUCCACCUGAUGUUGCAGACAUUCUAUCUAGUGACUUGAACUUCACAAGUACUAUUAUUACUCAAGAUGAGUACAGCAUUUCAAAGUCUGUUCCCCUUGUGAAGGAUAAAGAAUCAAAAGGAAAAGUUAGUAUUAAUGAUGUGAAUAGUCAAGGCAACCAAAUGGAAAAGCCAGAUGCUCCUUUGCCAAACGUUCAGGAAACAAAAUCCAAGAAGUCCGAUAAACAUAAACAUGUAACUAAAACAGAUGACAAGCUUAGUAUACUAGAAGCUGCUGCUGGUCCGAGCCAAAAUGAUCUCACCAAGGAAGAAAAUGGACAUCGCUUGGGAAAGGAAUGUGCAUCUGGUGCUACUAUCCUGAAGUCUUCCUUGAAGACUUCAGAUUCGAAGAAAGCAACACGUUCUGUUACCUGGGCUGAUGCGAAAACUGAUGGUGAUGGGCAAAAUCUUUGUGAGUUUAGAGAAGUAAAAGAUGGGAAAGGAGCUUUGGUGACAUCUCAUUCUGCAGACCAGGAAGUGGGCGAUGAGUCAUAUAGAAUUGCAUCUGCUGAAGCUUGUGCAAGGGCUUUAAGCCAGGCUGCAGAAGCUGUUGCAACAGGACAACAUGAUGUAUCUGAUGCUGUUUCUGAGGCAGGUGUAAUAAUAUUGCCACCUCCACAUGAAGUGGAUGAAGCUAAGCAUGAAGAGAUUGGUGAUGUUACGGAUACGGACCCAGUUCUACUAAAGUGGCCUCCAAAACCAGGAUUCUCGAAUGCUGAUCUGUUUGAUUCUGAGGAUUCUUGGUAUGAUAGUCCACCAGAGGGGUUUAGCUUAACAUUAUCACCUUUUUCAACAAUGUUCAUGGCACUCUUUGCCUGGAUAACAUCAUCCUCUUUAGCUUAUAUAUAUGGAAAGGAAGAAAGUUUUCAUGAGGAAUACAUAUCUGUCAAUGGGAGGGAGUAUCCGCACAAAGUAGUUAUGCCCGAUGGGCGUUCCUCUGAAAUUAAGCAAACUCUUGCUGGCUGCCUUGCUCGAGCCUUGCCAGGACUUGUUGCUGAGCUCAGGCUUCCCAUACCAAUGUCAACAAUUGAACAAGGAAUGGGACGCUUACUGGAUACAAUGUCUUUCAUUGAUCCGCUUCCCGCAUUUAGGAUGAAGCAGUGGCAAGUUAUUGUUCUUUUGUUUCUUGAUGCUCUUUCUGUCAGUAGGAUUCCUGCACUCACACCAUACUUGAUGGGUAGGAGAAUUCUGCUUCCCAAGGUCCUUGAGGGUGCUCAGAUUAGCGCUGAAGAAUUUGAGAUCAUGAAGGAUCUGAUCAUUCCACUUGGCCGAGUGCCUCAAUUCUCAACUCAAAGUGGAGGGUAAGCAGCUAAUCACCAUAUUCUUAAUGCUUGCCUAUCAUGCAAGCAGAUAGAUCUUCCCCUGCAGUUAUGACUUCACAUGGGAAAUGUGCAAGAUGAACUGUGGACAGUUUUUGCAACUGAGGUUUUCUUCGGUACGACCAGUUUCCCCUCAUUUGGUAGGCUCGUCUUGAUUCAAGAUUGAAGUUCAAUAAAUUGUGGAAGUGGGUCUUUUACGAUCUGCCUUAUGUAUAAAGUUUAGAAAGCCAGCCUUCAGAGCUUCCCACUCUGCCCCCUUGCAUGCGAAAGGCGCCAAGUGCAAAGCAAUGCAAACACACCGAUAUGUAGAAGACCUAUUAUAAAAUGGAAAUUGUGUGUUGAAGAUGAUGAAGAUGAAGUGGGUUGACAUGACCUAUUAGGUUCCUUGGAUGCUAGCUAUGCCUUGUUCGGAGGGUCCUGACCGUCGGGGUUUUUUGAAGCCUUAAGAUAAUGCAGAGUUGCCAAUUGGCACUGGACUGGAUUUCCAUGUACAGUAAUUGUGCCAAAUAGAUAUCCAUAAUUCUACAAGUACCGAUUAGAAAUAUCUCUUAAGUAUGAAAGUUGGCUGUAUAGUCAUUUUCAUGGAAGCUCAUAAUCCAGACAUGACAGCUUUUUUGUUAGCCCAUUUCAAAUAAUCAAGUGUUUUUAAAUAUAAAAGAAGUGGUCAAUUGCAAAUAGAUUAUAAGA